GUAUUUACUCCAAAAACUAACAAAAGGAAAAAACCAAGUUUUGGGUGGCGCUAUUACCACUUUCACUUUGAAGUUGUAGUAAUCUUUCAACAAUGGCAUACUUGAGCAUGGGUGAAUCCCACAGAAGAAUAACAGAAUUUCUCAACCGUUUCUCCGACGCCGUUUCUUACCAAAACGGAGUUUCCUUCAAAUCUCUCUUCGCUCUUUCUUCCAACUCUCACUUUCUUCUUUCUCUCGCCGAUGCCCUCUCCCUCUUCAACGAUGCCAAUAGACUCAUCAAUCAAAACGAAAACUUCUCUCAGUUCGCUGAUAUCAUUGUUCCUCUUUUCCGAUCACUUCAACAUUAUAAGCAGUCUAAUUUUGUUGAAGCAUAUAACGCUUUCGAGAAAACUGCAAAUGCGUUUGUUCAGGAAUUUCGUAAUUGGGAAUCUGCGUGGGCUCUUGAAGCUUUGUUUGUCAUUGUUUAUGAGAUUAGGGUUCUUGCUGAAAAGGCUGACAGACAAUUGGCUUCAAAUGGAAAAUCACCUGAGAAGUUGAAAGGUGCUGGUUCUUUACUCAUGAAAGUUUUUGGCAUCCUUGCGGGAAAAGGUGCUAAGCGUGUUGGAGCAUUGUAUGUAACCUGUCAGUUAUUCAAGAUUUACUUUAAGCUUGGUACGGUUCACCUUUGCCGCAGUGUAAUCAGAAGUAUUGAAACUGCUCGCAUAUUUGAUUUUGAAGAAUUUCCUAAAAGAGACAAGGUCACAUACAUGUACUAUACUGGUCGUCUCGAAGUUUUCAAUGAAAAUUUUCCAUCUGCUGAUUAUAAACUAUCGUAUGCUUUGAAGCAUUGCAACCCACAGCAUGAAGCCAAUAUAAGGAUGAUUCUUAAAUAUCUGAUUCCAGUGAAGCUUUCAAUAGGCAUAUUACCCAAUCAUGGACUAUUGGAGAAGUACAAUUUACUUGAGUAUGGCAAUAUUGUACAAGCUCUAAAAAGGGGUGAUCCUCGACUUCUUCGGUGUGCACUCCAAGAUCACGAGGACUGGUUCUUGAGAUCAGGUGUAUAUCUUGUUCUAGAGAAGAUAGAACUUCAAGUAUACCAGAGAUUAGUAAAGAAGAUUUACAUCAUUCAAAAGCAGAGAGACCCAGCGAGAGCUCACCAGGUGAAGUUGGAGGUUAUUGUUAAAGCAUUGAAAUGGCUUGAUAUUGACAUGGAUGUGGACGAGGUAGAGUGUAUAAUGGCCAUACUGAUAUACAAGAAUCUUGUGAAAGGUUACUUUGCCCACAAAAGCAAAGUGGCUGUAUUGAGCAAGCAAGACCCUUUCCCCAAGUUAAAUGGAAAACCUGUCAAUUCAUAGGGACUGUCUGGACAUCACUCCUGAUUCUAAAUUUUGAGGUGUAAGAAAGCCUGAUAGUAGCAGGGUAAUCUGUUAAGAGGGUUCUUCAGCCACGAGUUUGUUGUAUUGAAUGCUCAAGAACCCCGGAAUGUGUUUUUGUUGUUAAAAUAUUGCAGUACUGCUUCAGUUUCAGAACAAGCUACUGUCUAGUUAAGAUGAUACCCACUCUUGCAAUUUAGAUUGUGGUUUAGUUUCCAGUUCCACCUGUAGGGUUGUAUUGCUGGCUUCAUAAGGGCUAUCAGUGGAAGUGGAAGUCACUGACCUAGUUGCAAUAACCUGUAUUUUUAGCCUGGAUAUUAUUACCGUGUCAAAAGAAAGAGCUUGGAUAUUAUAUUACUAUUGACAUAAUUAUUGUUAUAUGUUGAAUUAGUUAACAUUA